AUGGAUCUUUUCAGCAACUGUAGAGUUACCGGCCACCGCUCCUCGUUUCACAGCACGCGCAAAGCCAUGUCAGAGAUUGCGGAAAUGUUUCAGCGCAUCAGUCAGCGCCCCAACGUGACUGGCAUCAUUGUAGUGGACAGUGAAGGCACUCCCAUACGCAGCACUAUCGAGGACACAACAGUGCAGAACCAGUACGCGCAUUUGAUCACGUCACUUGCUGCUAAAGCACGUCAUUGCGUUCGUGACCUAGACCCAACGAACGAUCUGUGCUUCCUUCGCAUCCGCUCAAAAAAGAAUGAGAUCAUGGUUGCACCAGACAAGGACUUCAUUCUGAUUGUUAUUCAAAACAUUGUCGAGUAG